ACAUUAUUGAGCAUUAAGUGAUAUAUAUGUGAAUCAAGUCGAACAUAACGCAAGCCAAGAUGAUCUGCAAGCACUUCUUAAGUAUUAUAUUUUUCUUAACACUAACAAGUGCUGAUAUUGAAGACGAUCUGGAUUACUAUGAACAACUAAUAAAGGAAAACAUUGAAGAAUCCAGGUCUCAUCAAACGCCAACGUCAUUUCAAGAAUUCCAAUUGACGGACAAAAAUGCAGUUCCAACCAGGUUUGGAAGGUAUGACUUUAUAAUAGUUGGAGGAGGUACUGCGGGAAGUUUGUUAGCAAGACGAUUAUCAGAAGUUAAGUUGUGGAAUGUCUUGGUAAUCGAGGGGGGUGCACAUGGGGAUAAAUUUACAGAGAUACCUGCCAUGAGUAAUUAUACGUUGACUUCAGACUACAACUGGGGCUUCACCACGACGCCACAAAAAACAUCGUGUCUAGUUCCAGGAAUUCCUGAUCAACGGAUGCGAGUGCCACGAGGAAAGGCUCUUGGAGGAACGACAGUUAUAAACGGUAACGCGUUCUCACGCGGGUUUCCUUCAGACUACGACAGAUGGGGUGCUAAAGGCCUACCCAGUUGGACGUAUGAAAAUGUCCUCCCAUAUUUUAAAAAGUUUGAAAACGCCUCCUCUUUAAGAGGAAUAGAUACUGAGUACCACGGAUUUGAUGGACCGCUGGUUGUAGAAAACACCAGAAAUACUAGCGAACUAUCUGAGAUAUUCAUCAGAUCCAUUAAGUCAUUCGGAUAUAAUCUUGUUGAUUAUAAUGGCAGAGAUCCCAUUGGUGUUGGAUAUAUGCAAACAAGUACUCGAAACGGUAGACGAAAUAGUGGAGACAGUGCAUUUCUAAGUCCAGUUGAAAGAAGAACUAAUCUAAAAUUACAAAUCAACAGUUUAGUGACAAAACUAUUGAUUAAAGGUAACACUGUAAGAGGAGUUGAAUUUAUAAGCGGAAAUAAAAAGUAUAGAGCCUAUGCUAGAAUUGAGGUGAUCCUGUCGGCUGGUUCCUUUCAGUCUCCGCAAAUUUUGAUGCUUUCCGGAAUAGGUCCGAAGAGUGAACUAUCCAAACACAAUAUAUCUGUCAAAUUAGAUCUUCCAGUGGGACUUAAUCUUCGAGAUCAACAUCAAACCACAAUUAUUGGUUGGACCAACAUUUCAGUACCUGUGACACCGAGAGAGGCCAUAGCACAAUAUCUACGAACAGUCGGCCCUCUGACUAUAACUCAGGGAAUGCAGCUCGCAACAUUUUGCAACACAAGCUACAGUCCAGUGGAGUUAGUAACCAUAGUAUACAACAGACUUGGGAUGAUAAAUGGUUCUCUUUCUUACGUUAUCACAAGGGCAACUGCAUUCGCUCAUUUGUUAAUGUUUCUUCAUCCCAAAUCCGUCGGAAGUGUUCAGCUGGCUUCCGAUGAUCCCUUACAGCAUCCUAUAAUAAACCCAAAUUAUCUCCAAUACGAAGAAGAAGUCGAAACCAUCGUUGAAGGUGCCCAAUUUUUAAUGAAGAUUUUGGAAAACGAAGAAUUUCGAAAGUAUAACCUUACGAUGACCAGAGACCCCAAUUGUAGAAAUUUUACUUUCAACAGUAAAGAUUAUUGGAGAUGCGUCGCUCGUUGUUCUGGAGAGCCAGGAAAUCAUCCCAGUGGAACGUGCAUAAUGGGCGUCAGUCCUAAAGAUUCGGUUGUCAACGAAAGGCUUUUGGUCCACGGGAUGAAAAACCUUAGAGUGGUCGAUGCCAGUGUAAUUCCUGUUAAUUUGAAUGGACACAUGUAUGCCACGGCUUAUAUGAUUGCCGAAAAAGCGGCAGAUUUCAUCAAACAAGAUUAUGGAAUAAUCGACUCCAAAACAUGAACUUUACCAUUUACAUCAUUGUCACUUACCUAUUCAGAAGUAUACAGUACACAGAUCGAGUGAUUUUUUUUGUCAUUAUCUUAAAAUACUGGGUAUAUAGAUCCUUAAUUAAGUGAAUUUUAUGAUAAUAAACGCACUCGUCCUUUUUUUAA